AUUUCUCAUAUAACAAACCAAGGCCAAAAAGUGGUACGCGUUCGUGUCGUCGUUCGCUGCAAUAAGUGGUGAGAUUUCCACAGGAAAAUUCUUUUUCUGUCAUUCCAGCCAAUAUCGAAAGUGUAAGAGACAGUAGUGUGAUUCAUUGCUGCAGCCAGGAUCGGUAAGAAAGGCCGUACGCGGGUAGAAUGGCCAACGCGGACACCGUUCAGGUCAGUUCAUUUCCUCUACCACCGGCCCAAUACAUCAAUCUGUACACCGAUGAAAACAUUCGCAAAAAUCGGGCUCCCAAGCCCCCGUUGCCGAUUCAGGAUUCGUACACAAUGUUCGGCAAUCCGUUCAGCAACGAUGAUAACAUAAUCCGGCCCCUGGAGGCGCAGGGAUUCAAGCGUCUGUAUCCUCAGCAUUUCGACCGACGAAAGGAAUUGAAAAAACUGAACCAUUCACUGUUGGUUAAUUUCCUGGACUUGAUCGAUCUGCUUGUGCACUACCCGGACAGUCCGCGUAGAGCCGAAAAGAUAGAAGAUUUAAGUCUUCUGUUUGUUCACAUUCAUCAUUUAUUGAACGAGUUCCGCCCGCAUCAGGCCCGAGAAACGCUACGUGUGAUGAUGGAGCUGCAGAAAAGGCAACGGAUAGAAACCACCCAGCGCUUCCAAAAUCACCUGGAGAAGGUCCGGGAAAUGGUGAAAAAUGCGUUCGCCUCGCUACCGGAUCUAACUGACACGGAUCGGCUGGGUGGUGCAGCAGAACCAAUGGACACCGGUGAUGAUGGCGAUGCCGGCAAGGCACGCGGUGAGGGGUGCCAUCCGCUGGAUCGGCUCAUGUGCGACCUGGUGGAUAAUAUGUAAAACGACGCAGCACUAAACAUAUUCUAUUCGAGCUAUAAGAUAAGCAUAGAUCUAUUCUUUCUAUAAGGUUGUUAGCAGACAAACCGGAACUAAUCCGUUUAGAGCUUGCAGCUUUUGUUUUUUUUUUUCGCGUAGGGAACGUUUAUUUAUUGUAGUAAGCAGUUCUUACCUCCAGCGCGCCGUAAAGUUUCAGUUCACCGUUUAUCGCAAGUUUUGUUUUCGACUUCGAUUCCUCUGUUAAUUUUGAAACAGUAGAAAAAGAGCGAAUGGACACACGCUGUGUUUAAGUAAAUAUAAAUUAUUAGCAACGUCA